AUGGAGCUGUUUCCUGAAGUAGAUUCGGAUGUUUCUAUUUUCUCGGAUGCAUCGAAUUCGGAUUGCGGAAGCGUCUUCUCUGACGAACCAACUACUAGCGAGCUUUUGGAGCACAUGUCCUUCUCAGAGGAGGAUGAGAUUGACGAUGCGAAAGAAGAGGAGCAAGCAGAUUUCGCUGUCGAUGAGAUCACUGCGCCUCUAGAACUGAUUGAGGAGAAAUCAACAAGGACUACUUCGAGUCGAAAAACUUCGACUCCGAUCAGAGAGAAUCAGUCGCCGCCGAAAAAAGCUCGUUUCGUUCGACGAACUGUCGACGGAAGCACGAACUCUUUGCCGAAAAAGACGAAUGCAGAAGUCGAACCAGUGGCGGAAUUCAAGCUGCGGGCGUCCUCCUUGCGAUCUUUCCGCGCUUCGGCCGAGAAAGAAAACGCCCAGGAAGGGGCACCAGCGCCGCGGCAGCGAUCGGCAACGGAACUGAAGAGCUACUCGCAAGUUCUCUCGCCGAACAGAUUCGAGAACAGAAAGAAGAUCUUCGAUAACGCGGCGGCGACUAACGAGAUCUCGAGAAAGCGCGCCUUCGCGAACAGAAACAAGAUUGAACCGCCGCACUUCAAUCAGUCAAAAAUGGAAAUGAUCAAAAACAAAUUCGAAGAGCGGGCUAAUGGCGGAGCUGGUUGCAAUCAGUUCGAAAUGACACUGGUGGAAGAAGACCGAGAAGAACAAAAACGUCGCCACCAGGAAAACAUGAUGAAGUUUGAGCGCAUUUUCAACUAG